CGAGCUGACGCGGAGAGAAGGCGCAGCCCGAGUGCUUCACUCUUGCCGGCCGGCAGCCGGUCUGUGCCCAGGCUCCCAGUUGUAGGAUGGCGGACCCGGCGCUGGCGAUGGAGGGCGAGGAGACUACGGUGCGCUUCGCCCGCAAGGGCGCCCUGCGGCAGAAGAACGUGCACGAAGUGAAGGACCACAAGUUCACCGCCCGCUUCUUCAAGCAGCCCACCUUCUGCAGCCACUGCACCGACUUCAUCUGGGGCUUCGGCAAGCAGGGAUUCCAGUGUCAAGUUUGCUCCUUCGUCGUCCACAAGCGGUGCCAUGAGUUUGUCACCUUCUCCUGCCCAGGUGCGGACACAGGCCCUGCCUCUGAGGAUCCCCGGAACAAGCAUGGCUUCAAGACUCACACCUACUCCAGCCCAACGUUCUGCGAUCACUGCGGCUCUCUGCUCUAUGGCCUGAUCCACCAGGGCAUGAAAUGCGAUUCCUGCAUGAUGAACGUCCAUAAGCGAUGUGUCUCCAAUGUGCCCAGUAUGUGUGGCAUGGACCACACUGAACGACGAGGACGCAUUUUCAUCAAGGCGGAAAUGAUCAAGGACUUGCUCACCGUUGUAGUGAAAGAAGCCCGGAACCUGGUGCCCAUGGACCCCAAUGGCCUGUCAGACCCCUACGUGAAGUUGAAGCUGAUUCCGGACCCAAAGAGCGAGAGCAAGCAGAAAACCAAGACCAUCAAAUGCUCUCUCAACCCAACCUGGAACGAGAGUUUCACAUUCAAUCUGAAGGAUUCUGACAAGGAUCGGAGGCUUUCCAUUGGAAUAUGGGACUGGGACCUAACCAGCAGGAAUGAUUUCAUGGGAUCGCUCUCUUUUGGCAUCUCGGAGCUGCAGAAAGCAGGGGUCAAUAGCUGGUACAAGUUGUUGAGCCAAGAGGAAGGGGAAUAUUAUAACGUCCCAGUGCCCCCCGAAGAGGAUGUUGAAGGAAAUGAGGAUCUCAGGCAGAAAUUUGAGAGAGCCAGAAUUGGGCCAGGAUCAAAGGCAGCAGAGGAAAUGAAAUCCAACUCGUGGUCGAAGAUCGACAAUAAUGGCAAUCGAGACCGGAUGAAGCUGGCCGAUUUCAACUUUUUGAUGGUGCUUGGAAAGGGCAGCUUUGGGAAGGUGAUGCUGGCAGAGAGAAAAGGCACGGACGAACUGUAUGCCAUCAAGAUCCUGAAGAAGGAUGUGGUAAUCCAGGAUGAUGAUGUGGAGUGUACCAUGGUGGAGAAGAGAGUUUUAGCUGCUCCUGGGAAGCCACAGUUCCUGACCCAACUCCACUCCUGCUUCCAGACCAUGGAGCGGUUGUACUUUGUGAUGGAGUAUGUGAAUGGAGGUGACCUCAUGUACCAGAUUCAGCAAGUUGGCAGAUUCAAGGAGCCCCAUGCUGUGUUCUAUGCAGCUGAGAUUGCCGUUGGUCUCUUCUUCCUCCACAAUCAUGGCAUCGUUUACAGAGAUCUGAAGUUGGACAAUGUGAUGCUGGAUUCAGAAGGGCAUAUAAAGAUAGCUGAUUUUGGCAUGUGCAAGGAGAACAUGUGGGACGGGGUGACAACCAAGACCUUCUGCGGUACUCCUGACUACAUCGCUCCUGAGAUCAUUGCUUAUCAGCCGUAUGGAAAGUCUGUGGACUGGUGGGCCUAUGGAGUGCUACUGUAUGAAAUGUUGGCAGGACAGCCUCCUUUUGAUGGUGAAGAUGAAGAUGAGCUUUUCCAAUCCAUCAUGGAGCACAAUGUAACUUACCCCAAAUCUAUGUCCAAAGAAGCAGUAUCCAUUUGUAAAGGGCUUUUAACAAAGCAUCCAGCUAAGCGCCUGGGCUGCAGUCCCGAGGGGGAGCGAGAUGUCAAGGAACACGCAUUUUUCCGAUGGAUUGAUUGGGAAAAGUUGCAACGCAUGGAAAUUCAGCCUCCGUUCAAGCCAAAAGCGUGCGGGCGCAACGCUGAGAACUUCGACCGAUUUUUCACCCGUCAUCCGCCAGUUUUAACACCACCUGACCAAGAGGUCAUCAUGAAUAUUGACCAGGCAGAGUUUGAGGGCUUCUCUUUUGUUAACUCGCAGUUUGAGAAGGCUGAGAUUUUGUGUUAAUUAUGUUUGGGGAGGAAAUGAGGGUACGAGAGGGGAGGGAGGGGGGUCAGACAUCCUCUUCUGCAUAAGGGCCAAGUUUUGGUGUGUUGCAGCAUGUUCAGAGGCUGUUCACUUUCUGCAAUGUUCGCUUGGCAAAUCUCUCAAAGUGUGUUGGGAAUGCAGUACUUCAUUCAUCAGCUCACCACAGCAGGACUAAGAAUGGUCACAGCAGCGGACCGGCCAGUGCUGACAGUUCGCAUUGGUUGCAGGUGCUUCCCUUUAUAUUCCGUCUGUACGAAGGUGCUUUGCUAUAUUAUUUGCUGCCUGGUUGCCAAAAUUUGUGAUCUCUAUCUAUUAAUCGGCUCAGGCCAGUGGCUUCCCUGCUGCUCUGAUACACAAAGGUAACCCACCUUUCACUAUACUGUGAGACGCCUCUGCCUGUGAAAUCCAUGGUGUGUGUUUGUGAAGGUUUCCUCGCGAAACGUGUCUGUGGCUUUUGGGAAAUCUACUCCAGGGAGAUUGUUGUUAACGGAUUUAAAAUGUCAUUCUCAGCAGCUCUUAAAAAAUGUGUCAAGGUCGUUGUGAAUGUUUUCUGGCCCGCAUAAUGUGAUUCCAGAGGCUGAUGUGUAAUUAUAAUUAGAUUUGAAUUAAACAAAGUGUUUGUAAAGUUUGCUCGGUUUUAGAAGUGUUAGCACCUGUCCCCUUCCCCGAAUAAAUUCUUUUCCGUGCUGAAUAAGAUGCUGAAGACUGAGCCGCCUUCACACUGGCUUGGUCUGACCUUGUUGAUGAACCUUCUAGCUGAAUGCUAGCAUGUUUAAAGCGAAAAUGAAAAAUUGCAAGAAAUUUAAACAAAUAAGUGCAUGCCUGUUGUUUUUGUAGCGUGUUGCUAACAGUGCCUGCAGUUGAUGUGCCAAAUAUUUUUCCAGUAUUGAUAAACAAUAAAGAAAAUCGCACCAAACAAACAAGCUCUGCAUUGCUUCAGUCACCUGUUUCAUUUAGCAUCACUUCUACAAUUUUUAUUUGGGAGUUUUCUAUGCUACUGUAAUGAGUCAGGAAGCAAAGUUAAUUAAAUCUGCCUGAAAUAUACGACAAGAGCUUAUCGGAAGUUGCCAGCCCUAUCAGCCCACAACAGGUCACCUUGCUAAUGCAUUCAUUUCCGACUGAAACCUUCAUAAUCCUUUUCUCACAACUUCCCGUACAAAUUACAGAAGAGUACCAACCAGCUGAAAAACCAUAUACAAACAACCUAGGAAUGAAUGGUGACAGAAUGAAAGACAGCCAUUCAGUCCAAAGAUUCUACACUGCAGCAUCGAUCCAGCCAGUCUAAAUUCCCACCAUCCUCAUAGAUCUAAGCUUAUACCAUCCAGAUACUUCCCGGCUCUCUUCUGGAUGUUUUAAUUGAAUCUCCCCCACUUCCCCGCCCCUUCUCCGGCAAUACCUCCAGGAGCUUGUUGUGUAAAAGAUUCUCAUUGCCACCCUGUUCCUCUGCCAUUUACAUUUUUCAAUUUGGUGUUCGCCAGAUCGAUGGGAACAGGUUUUCUCUCUGUGUGCCCUUCUUGAGCCCACACCCUCCUCUGUUCCGAGCGAUCAUCUUUAUCACCUGCUACCUGCUCUCCUCCCUGCAAUCGUGUAAACCACUUCUGCACCCUCCCCAAAGCUGUUGCAACUAUCCAGCCAUGUCAGGCACCCUGAAACGGCGACACUACCCGUGUUUUCUAAAUAAAUCAUAAUUUCCUUGCUGCUGGACGCAGGAUGCUGCUUGCGGUUUUAACCACUUCCACAUCUGUUCCUUUAUUCAUUCUUGCCCCCUAUAGUUUAGAACAUAGAACUGUAUAGUACAGGAACGGGCCCUUUUGGCCACAAUGUCUAUGCUGAACAUGAUGCCAAGACCUAUUCUUAUCCACCUGCACAUAAUCGAUAUCCCUCCAGAUCGUGCAUAUUCAUGAGCACAUCCAAAGGUUUCUUAAAUGUCACAUCUGCCUCCACCAAUGAAUCUUUAUUGUCACGUGUACCUAAGCACAGUUAAAUUCUUUGUUUUUGCACAUAAGUCAGUAAAAUCAUACAACAGUCUCCACCCAGGCAGUACACAAAGAGUCGUCACCAUUCUGGCGCCGACGGUUUCAAAAGUUCUUAGUACAUGUUUGCCUUCUUGCAGUGGUGAACCAGGCCUAUUGCCACAUGUAGACACAGGCGACCCACAAGGUACCUCUCUGUUCUCAGCGGCCCGUCCGCUGGAUUGUUCUUGACGGCUUCCCCUCCCAUCCACUCCCGCCAGUUCUGUCUUUGUUCUCGGUGCCCCCCCCCCCCCCCCCCCCCCCGCAUCCCUCUUUGCUUUCCGUGGCCCCAGCCCGGUCCCCCAUUGCUCAUGCCAGCCGUCGGCCUGGUCCCUCUUAUUUCUCAGCGGCCCGUCUACCAUUCAGUUCCACAGCAUCACAAGCCCCCGCAGCGUGUUCCAGGCACUCACUACCCUCUGUGUUAAACAAAAACUUACCCUGCACAUCUUUUAAACUUUGCCCCUCAUGGACUGGGUGGGCCGAAGGGCCUGUUUCCAUGCUGUAUCUCUGAACUAAACUAAACUGAUCCUCUCGGUUGGGUAGAUUACAACCGAACGGUAUGAACAUUGAAUUCUCCAGUUUUAGGUAGUGCCUAACAAUGCCCCGCUCCCCCUCCUCUUACGCGCCAUACUCCCCUUCUCUCCCCUCUCCCAUCUGCCCCACCUAGACUUCCCGCCCCCUCCCCUCCACCGACAUUCCUUCUUCUGACUUCACAAUUGGCAACUUUCAAAUCUUUUUGUGCCAUUCCCUCUAUUUUUUUCUGUUCCUGCUCACACUUGUGUAAGAGAAAAAUUGAAUCAUUUGCCUCAAUUUCCAUUAUUAUGCAUUAUCAAUGAUUGGAUCCCAGUACAUUACUACCACUCUCUUGAACUAGAAUAGUGCGGGAGACAUUAUCAGUCCUUAAUGUUAACUGUGAGCGACAUCACUUUCUGAUACUUAUUUUGCAUUACUUACUUAAUGUCUUCUCCUCACUCUGGGCUCAAUGUACAGGUUUAAUUCUUCCCGGAUAAAAUUGCUAUCAUUUCCUAUUUGGUUUACAUGAUCAACUUUGUGUAUAUGUUAUCAACAUUUCUGUGCAUGUAAUUAUUCAGAGUGUGUUGUAUUCAUGUGUCGUUCUUCAUCACCGUUGAAUGCAAGUUGUCAAUUAUUUCAUGGUGCACUGUAUCAGAAUCAGCAAUCAAUUUUAAUUACACACUGCAUAUCAUGUACUGUAUUCAUCAUUUCCUGUUACCCAUUUUGCACUGUGACUGUGUGCACAUUUUGGACCAAUUUAUGUUACUGAAGUGUGUAGAGUAUGUUAUUUCAAACUGCAUUGUGAUUCUUCCUUACUUAACCAAGCAUGUCUUACUAACCAGGACACACAAUGUAAAUAACAUCCUUGAUCUACCAAUUUAAUCUACCACGGGUAACAGAAAAAAAUAUAUUGUACAAUCCGACACAAAAUGCACAGAAUAUAUCUUGUGUCAAGUAAUGGUCAAAGUGUGUGAUCCUUUUUACCUUGCAUGAAUGGCAUGAAAAUCCUUGUUCAAUGAAAUGCACUAUAUGUCUUAUUCACUUCUCUUAACCCACUAAUAUCAAUAUCUGAGCAUGUGAACGGUUUGAAAAGUUGCAUGAUAUUGAGCAUGCAAUACAUUGCGACCUCAUCCUCAUACAGCCAUGCAUCAAGGUCCCCUUAUUCCAGUUUACAGUGCAUGUAUGCUCCAUUUGUAAUGGAAACUGUGUAUCAACCUGCUCAUUGUGUAUUAAACUACUUCCUAGAGU